AUGUCCUACUCCGCCACAUCCUCCACCUCCGAAUACUCUUCGCCCGCCGACUUCUGCGUCGCCCGUGAAUCACGCCCUACCACUGUCGACCCCGCGAGCCUUCUUCCUUGGGACGAGCGCGAUCGCGACAUCGACGCGCUCGUGCGCAUGGGAUUGUCAGAGUACCUGAUUGACUACUUUAUUGAUGUAUUGACCACUGCGGUGGCGGACGGAACUUGCCACCUCCCCGGAGCCCGGAGCGCGCUUGCGUGGAAGACCUACGGCCUCAUGCAAUACGUCCAUGACCUCUUCAGACGGAAGGUCACGGUCACCGGCGUGGACAGCAACAACAAGCCGUGGACAGAAGACGUGCGCUGGGUGCAGCCGGUGACGAUCCUCGUCGCCAUCGCCUUUCUCCGCCGGAUGCAGGUCAAGUCAGACGGCGGCGGCGCGCUCUUAUGCGAGCGUCUCUCGUUUGGAGUUAUGUCCAUCGCGUCCAAGGCGCACUACGAGGGCGGAUACAAGAUGAAGGCCCUAGUUGCGAUGAUAAAUGGCUCCGAUCGCCCCGGUGCAACGCCCCUUUUCGGACAACACCUGGAGUGCAAGCAAGGGCUCAAGAUGGAGCAGGACGCCCUUGAGAUGCUGGAUUACGUCGUGAGCAUCCAGAACGAGGACCUCAAGGCCCAAUACGCCGAGAUAUGCCAGCGCCAGUCCAACCACCGCACGGACAAGCGCGCGCGGGGCAUGGGUGAGCCGCGGAUGGAGGCGGACGUCUUUGCGAUGCUCAGCAACGACGCGCGCGACCUACACUGGAACCUCGAUGUGGACGAGGACUCCCGCCGCGGCAAAUCGCUUCUCUUCCCCGCUGUCUCGACUCCUGAGCCCGUUGCUCGUAUCAUCACCCUCAAGGAUCUGCCUGUUCUGGAGAAGAAGCGACUCGAGGAAGUUGAAGAACUUUUCUUCUUCGAGAAGGCGAAGGACGGGGCCAACGAGCUGGAGCUCCAGUACCCAGACGACGAGCUCGCUGGCUAUGAGGAUGAGGACGAGGACGAGGAUAUGGACCUCGGGGUUGACGAAGACGACUACUACUCUACCUCGGACAGCUCGCCCGAGAGCGGACACCUCCCCACCCCCGAGCACCGCCUUCCCCACGUCCACUCGCACGGCCACCACCUCCCCGUCCCCGCCUCAGCACCGAGCCACCGCAUUUCGGCGAGCUACGCGCAGGUCGUCGCAGGCUCGUAUGCGCACUCCCCACCCGCGCCCCUUCCUCCCGUGCGCGAGCUCCCGCCCCCCUUUCGGAUAUCCCCGGCGCUGGCGUCUCAGGACCGGUCGCACCCCGCGUACGCGGUGCAGGCCAAGUACCUCGCAAUGGCGUCCCCAGCGCAUGCGGCGCACGACCCCAUCCGGAGCAGCUUCUACGCGCGGGAGAACACGAUUCCUACCUCACACGGGUGGAAGGCGGCGAUGCCGGCGCAGUCGGCGUGGGGCGCGUUCAACCUCUUCACACCGACGAAGACGUGGGGGAGGCCGGCGGCGGCCUGCCGGUGA